AUGCUCUUCGCGAGAUUUCGCAGGAACUUUUUGCAGCUCAUCGAUUCGUUCUCCUCACUCAAAAUGGAUGAUGAUGGCCUUCUUUUGAACUUUGCCGCCCCAGACUCCAAUGCAUCCUCCAAGUCGAGUGCUCAGAAACCAGUCAAAGUUAGCGGCGGCCGCUGGAAGGACCGUAGAAAGCUUCAGCUCAGUCUUCUGGGCAGAGGAAGAAACAAAAGAGCAGAAACGGGAGUCAAUAAAGAGUCAAUUGCCCAACCCAGAGACUUUUCCUCUUCGAAACCACAGUCCUUUAGAGAGGAGCAGCUUGCAAAGCGGCCCAAAUACUUUGAAUCUCGCGGAGAAGGAGGUAAGAACGAGACAUAUGUUUCUUCGUUAUUCACCUCGAAUACCAAAAGUAAGCUUGAAAAUGAGAAAGUAGAAGAAGAAAAGACAUAUUUACCGUCCAAUGCUCCCAUGAAAGGCGCUGAUGAUUUCAAUGGAUUGGGUCUCAACGAUAAUCUCGUACAUCAUCUCACCGAAAGCUUGCGCUUCAAGAACCCUACUCAAAUUCAAAAGUCGGUAAUUCCCAGCUUGUUGUCCACUUCCAGGGAUUUGUUUGUUAAGGCACAAACUGGUUCCGGUAAAACCUUAUCUUUUUUGUUGCCUAUUCUUCACAAACUUAUGCAAGAGAAGAAGAACCCAAUAACCAGAGAGUCUGGUGUUUUCGCUAUUGUAUUAGUACCAACCAGAGAACUUGCAAAUCAAAUCUAUGGUGUUCUCGAGACGCUCACUCGAUGCCACCACCAAAUCGUACCUGGCAUCGUAAUCGGUGGAGAAAAGAAGAAAUCUGAGAAAGCCCGAAUUCGGAAAGGAGUCAACAUCCUAGUUGCAACUCCAGGCAGACUUGCAGAUCACAUUGAAAACACCACCAGUCUUGACUUGAGUCAGCUACGUUAUCUAAUUCUCGACGAGGGUGAUCGUUUGAUUGACCUUGGUUUUGAAGAAACCAUCACCAAAAUUACAGACACAAUUACAAGGUGUAGUCGAAUUUCUGAGUCGACACAAAAGUGGCAGGGGUUACCUACCAAAAGAGUCAAUGUACUCUGCUCAGCAACGAUGGAAAAUAAUGUCGAAAAGUUGGGAAGUAUCAUUCUUAACAACCCAGAACAAAUAAGCAUCGAUACCUCGAAACUGAGAGAAGGUGACGAAAUCGACUCGAAACUGAUGGCACCAGCUCAAUUGACCCAGCGGGUGGUGGUGGUUCCUGCCAAGCUCCGACUUGUGACCUUGAGUGCCGUUUUGAAAGAAGUUGCGAAAACAGCACCAACAUCGUCUACGGAAAUUGUAAGAACAAUAGUGUUUUUUUCCUGUUCCGACUCGGUCAAUUUUCACUAUGAAGCCUUCAAGAGAAACGGAAGUGAGUUCAGAAAAGCUCGGAACGCUGAAACAAACAGAUUUGAAAUGGUGACAGUCGGUGAAGAUGAAGCGAACGCCGAAGGAUCUGAUACCGAGAUUCCCAAAAUCUCUUCUGCUCCUACCAUACUGGCAAAUUCGGUGGUUUACAAGCUCCAUGGUUCUUUGACCCAACAAGUUCGUACUUCCACUUUGCAGUCAUUUGUGCAAGCAGUUCCCUUUGAUAACUCGGAAAACAACUACAAUCAUCUAAUACUUCUCUGUACCGAUGUUGCAUCCAGAGGGUUGGAUUUGCCGAAUAUCUCGUCCGUGGUAGAGUACGAUCCUCCAUUUUCAGUUCAAGAUCACUUGCACAGAAUUGGUAGAACAGCCAGACUUGGUAACAAAGGUAGCUCGUACUUGUUUCUCUUACCAGGAAUUGAAGAAGGUUAUGUGGAUGGGAAAAUUCGGGUGGUUCAUCCUGAAGGUAGUAUUCGAAUCACAAACUAUGAAACCAUUCUUCAAAAUGCAUUUGGCGAUUCCUCAGAAAUCAAGAAAUCAGACCCUAAAAGUAAGCAGGGAAAAUGGGACAUGCAUGCAACUACAUGGCAUUUGGAUAUUGAAAGAUGGCUUUUGGAAGACGCUGCAAGUCAUGAAAGUGCCAAGCAAGCGUUCACUUCGCACAUAAGAGCAUAUGCAACCCAUCUUUCUUCUGAGAAGACAUUUUUCAAUGUGAAAACUCUCCAUUUGGGACACUUGGCUAAGAGUUUUGGAUUGCGUGAACCUCCUAAAAAGCUAGGAUCACUUGCUACCAAGUCAUCUCUGACAAGAAAGGAAUACGGAGAGAAAUCAAGAAAGUUGGAAGAUCCCCGCAAGAAAAUGUUGCGCAUGGCCAAGUUGGCUGCUUCUUCAGCAAGCAGUGAGUUCAAUUACUAA